GUAUAAACACUAGAGGAAAUGAAAACGAGGCAGCGGCGAUCGUCUGCCAGAACGCAUUAGGCCGUAUGUGGAGAGGAAAAUCGUAAAAACUCGUUGUUUAAAAAUAUGAAAGAUUUGUUUGAUUAAUUUCAGACGGCAGAAUAUUUCAUCGUCUGUGAUUUAUAAGGAAUUCAUUUCGCAGUUUUCUGUCGAAGAAAAUACACGUACCUUUAUCUUCGUUACCACUAUACUUCGGGAUACUUCCAAUAUAAACGUUAAGAUGGCUUGAUGAAUGUGUUAAUGCUGUAAUAUUUAAAAUAAUACUCGACAUUUCUCCAGUAUGAUGGAGUUGUUUCUCACGGCCAAAUUCAUGUUAAAUGAUAUUCUACUGCCAGUCAGUGUGUACUAUUUGUAAAAUGGGUGCAAAUAUUUCUCAGCUAGAAAGAGACAUUGGCUCUGAUCAGUUCCCUCCAAAUGAACAUUAUUUUGGCCUUGUGAAUUUUGGAAAUACUUGCUACAGCAAUUCGGUACUUCAGGCAUUGUAUUUCUGUAGACCGUUUCGUGAAAAAGUUUUGGAGUACAAAGCACGUAAUAAGAGAACUAAAGAGACAUUGUUAACAUGUCUCGCAGAUUUAUUUUACAGUAUAGCAACGCAGAAAAAGAAAGUAGGUUCUAUUGCCCCAAAGAAGUUUAUUGCCCGUUUACGGAAAGAGAAAGAGGAGUUCGACAAUUAUAUGCAACAGGAUGCUCACGAAUUUUUAAAUUUCUUAAUAAACCACAUCAACGAGAUUAUUCUUGCAGAGAGAAGCCAAAGCAAACCUGCAGGAAAAGGCGGCUCUGGAGAUGCAGGUUCCCCACCGGAGCCAACCUGGGUUCACGAAAUCUUUCAGGGUAUCCUUACUUCGGAGACUAGAUGUCUGAAUUGUGAGACUGUCUCCAGUAAGGACGAGGAUUUUUUUGACCUUCAGGUUGAUGUAGAUCAAAACACCUCCAUCACUCACUGCCUAAAGUGUUUUUCAAAUACUGAAACUCUCUGUAGUGAUAACAAAUUUAAAUGCGAUCACUGUAGCAGCUAUCAGGAAGCACAAAAACGAAUGAGAGUGAAGAAGCUGCCAAUGAUAUUAGCUCUCCAUUUGAAACGGUUCAAGUACGUUGAACAAUACAACAGACAUAUUAAAGUAUCUCAUCGGGUGGUAUUUCCAUUGGAGCUUCGCCUCUUUAAUACUAGUUUAUUUCAGAGUGAUGAUGCUGUUAAUCCAGACCGUCUCUACGACCUCGUGGCUGUGGUAAUACAUUGUGGAAGUGGUCCAAAUCGUGGCCACUAUAUUUCUAUAGUAAAGAGUCAUGGUUUCUGGUUACUUUUUGAUGACGAUAUGGUCGAUAAAAUCGAUGCGUCGACGAUUGAAGAUUUCUAUGGUCUGACGUCUGAUAUACAAAAGUCAUCGGAAACUGGUUACAUUCUUUUUUAUCAGUCAAGAGACUGUAGCUAGAAGCAAAUGGACAGGGUUUCGGAGCCCCAGGCUCACUCCGAAGGAAGUGAUGUUUUGAUGUGAGAAGAUUUGCUAAAUAAGAAGUAUAUAAAAGAAUGGGAUUAGAAGAAAGAAAAAGAUUAUGGCCAAGCCGCGCUGCCGAGGCAGUCGUGUAAGAUCUAUUUAUUUAAAAUGAUACCCUACAACUAGUCCAAAGCUAAGGUAACCAGCAAGGCAGGGUCCUUACCAUCGAGGAAGAUAAAAUCACAAUGGCAAAGCUGUUCAGGAUUAAUGAGCUUGUGGCACUAUCAGAAUUUAUUUGAAUGUAAAAUAUACGACUGAUAAUAAAAUUAUUGUUACAAACAAGCUUAGGUGCGAUCGAGCUUAUAUUUAAAGUGUUGAGUGUGUCCAGCUUUGACCUGCUUUGAUACAAUGGUAUCUAGUGUCAGGACUAUAUGAGAAGACAUAUUACAAGGAUAGCUUUACAAUUGGACCCAGGAUAUCUAUUCUAUGUAAAUAUCGUAUUAUGUGUAAUUAAAGUAUUUAAAAUAGAAUUUUUAAUUUAAAUAUGCCAACAAUAAUAAAGUAUUAUGUACUAUAAGAA